GUCUGUCGUUCCAGUCCAUCCACCAGCACAACCUCCUCGGUCUACCAUCCUUGAAAUCCUAGAGGCGAGCUCUUUUUUGUGUCUUUCCUUUCCUGCUUGCCCGGCCUGCUCAGUCCGCCACGCUAAAAUGGGGGUAGCACGGAAAAGCAUUUGGUACGGCCAUUGUUGCUUGAUGUUGUGCCAGAACAGAGGUACCCUCCCUCCGCCUGCUUGCCUCCACCAACGUAGCUUGGCAUCCGAGCUUUCGUCCUUCAUCAUACUCGCCUGUUCACCAGCAAGUUUGAAUGUCAAUUUCAAAUCCAUCUUUCCUUUCCGGGCUGUGGUUUGACUGUUAGUCAUUGCUUCCAACCAGCUUGGAAAGAAAACCAUGUCUUUUCGCUUCACUUGACCUUCGAGCGCCCCGAACUUCUGCCAGACAGCACACCCUUUGUCUCGAUAACUGGCAUUCCAUUUCUUUUCGAACCCUCCUUCCAAGCUUUUGAUAUAUUUCGGGUGCCCAGACAACCGGGCUCCCAGAAAUGUACGAUACAGAAAGGCGUAUUGUUUUCUUCUACCUGCGAGAGUGAGCCAGCCCGGUCACACAACGCUCCGGUUUCGUCCCCAACCAACAAGACGACUUCAUUUCAGUUCCCAUAUCAAAGUAACAAGCUCGGCAGGUGUUGGUCACGGGCCGUGUUUGGAGACUGAAAACUGCCUUCAGGUAAGGCAGUCACGCCCCAUACCCAGAUCAUUCCUGUCUGCAACCGAUUGGAUUGUACGUCCAUCAACAGACAUUCGGGCUGCCAAGCCACACAUAGCGGCGGUAGCAGCCAUCAAGGUACACAGGGCUGUUGGCAUCGACUUGAGGUGCCUGCCCUUUGUGCAACAAGUGAAAGCUCUUCCACCAAGACGCAUAGAUUCACCUUCCAUUCCUGCGCUAGUCCCCCACCAGAAUCACCAGGACGCCAUGGACACUCCGUCACACUUCUUUAGCGAUUCCUUGGCAUACGAGGAUUCCAACCCAUAUCAAGAGGAUGACCAUGAUGUCCCAUAUGAAGUUCCUCACGAGAUCCCCCACGACAUCCCUCACGAUAUUUCCCAAGAUGUUCCUCCUGAUGUAGGCAUGAGCGAAGCCGGGCUUCAGUCGUACCAUGUUUUCGAUCACAGGCUAUCCAUCGACCAAUCUCCAAUGUCGGGCGAUGGUCCAACGUUAGGGGAGCGGCCGGGGUUAUGGGAUGGCUUCGCAGAACCCAGCGCCAUGGAAACGAAUAAUAGCCUCUUUGUUGACCCGGGCCUAUACGGAGGAAGAGAUCAACAUGUCAACGGAUUAGAAGGAGUCCGUGACAGUAUCGACGCAAAUACAAGCUGCCUUUCAGAUGUCAUGUCACAGAUUUCCACCCGACGGUCCUCGAGCAACAAAACACACUCUCAUCGAUCGUCCAAGUCCGGUAGCACGUCCACGGAUAUAACGCCGCCGGAUCAAGACCCGCCGAAAAAGAGGAAACAGAGGAGCAAGAAGGACCCUAAUAUGGAAGAGGAUGACCACAAGAGGAACAAGUUCCUCGAACGGAAUCGAUUAGCUGCGAGCAAAUGCCGAGAGAAGAAAAAGCUGUACACCCAGGAGUUGGAGGGAACCAAAAUCAACCUCGAAGCAAGAAACGUAAGCUUGCAAAGGGAAUACAGCAUCCUUCUCAGCGAGGUCAGCGAUCUGAAGCAUCAGUUGAUGGUACAUGCCAAGUGCAAUGAUCGCAAUAUCGACCUGUGGCUUGAAAACGAAGCUCGACGUUUUGUGCAGACCAGCGACGCCUUCGGUCAAACAUUUGCCAGCUUGGGACAAUCCGGACAGGCUGCGAGCGUCCCUGGGGUACCAGGAUCACCCAAAAGCCGACACGCAAGCAUCGCUCCAAAUUACCCAGCAAUGCCGGGGGUCCAGCUCGGUGUUCUUCGACCAGGCGCAGAAGGGCAAGGCGGCGGCGGCGGCGGCGGCGGCGGCGGAUUGACAUACGGUCAGUCACCGGGCAUACUUGCUCCUCCUACAAACACCACUCCUCCAACUCAUCAGCAACCAGGUUCAGGUUCGGGGCUAUACACACCUCCCGGUGGUGCCAACGGUGGCUACUCGAACAUCAACCCUCCGGGUAUGAAAAAGGAGCCGGACAUUAACUAUGACCACAUGCCCGAUGACAUGUUCAGCGACCAGUCGACUUUUGGCAGCGGAUGACGCAUGGCACGGCUGACAAGAAGCAAGAGAAAGAAGCGAAAAUCUGGAGAAGGGGUCAGCCGUGCUGCUAUGACGUGGCUACAUCAUAAUCUUCAUACACUCUCGCCGCUUAUACUACAACAUUCCAACAACAAUUAUAACACUGUUAUACCAAUGGUUCAUUUGUCGGACUCGUUGCAAAGGCCAAAUCCCCGUUCGCGUGAGGUGGUAGUCGGGGUGAUUGCGGAGUUUGGUGUUGAUGUUUUGGCAACAUACUGCCGCUGCAGCUUUGAAAUGGCCAAGAAUGGGGGUAUUGAGUGGAAGCCGGAGAAUAGGGAGGGUACCGCUUUGACGGUAUGGAAAUUAUUCUUGCUUUGGUCUCUAGCAUUCGCUUGCUUGGUCGAUCGAUUUCAAGAGCUCAGGAAGUUAUGGAAAAGCCGUUGGUGAGGCAGGUGCAUAAGGUGACAAGCUGGAUGUGAGUUUGCGAUAGAACAAGGCUAAGGUAAAGACGGGAAAAGCGAUUAUGCCCGAAGUUGGGGAACAUGUCCAUAAGUACCUAAUAUAUGCGGAUGUACAACAGGCAAAAGGCAUGCACAUAUGUAUGAUAUAAUACUCACGAUUAGGAUGGAUGCUUCUGUGUAUACGCAAUUACACAACUGAAGGUUGAUUUUGAUGAUGAAGGAGAAACUGGCACAUUUAAUAGAAAGUUGUUCCAUGAUCUCUGCCCGAAUUAGAAGAGGAAAGAUGUUGUUCCUUCAGUUCAA